AUGGCGGAGGAUAACCCGGAACUCCAAGCGGCGCUGCGACAGCUUGACGCUGAACUGGAGGAUGGCGAUAUUACGGAGAAGGGGUACCAGAAGCGCCGCGCACUCCUUCUAUCGCAAUAUAUGCCACAGCCUGCCGCUAGCCAGCCGGAAAACCCACCCCUGCAUAGACCAUUAAGCUUUGAGCAGAUACCGCGCGGCUCUGAGACCAUCAAUGUCUCAUCCGGAGAACGCCCGGCUGGUCCUGGAGCUCAUGCACCGCUUCCUCUAAACGUUUCUCCGCCGAGCACCCGGCAGCAGCCAGAGCACCAUAUACCUUCGCAUCUACUCGGGCCUUCUAGUGGCGAACAGACAACAGGGGCAGACCCUAAUUAUGGCCCCUAUCUGGGCAGCCAACUUUCAAGGAUUCAAGAACAGGAACUUGGCUUCUCCCUUACACCUUCUGCACCACCACCUACAGCUCCCAUUGGGCCUACUGGGAACCGAAACCAGUCAGUGGGUUCGUAUGACUCGCUUUUCCUUCCAAGAGGUCCUACGGAUAGCUAUGAAGCUUCCCGAACGGGGACGCUGGUAAGCCAGAAUUAUGCAUUCAACCCGAACCAGCAGCCUGAAAUCGAGCCGCCAACACGACACUCAACCAUCGAUUCGCAGCAAGCCUAUUUCUCCGACUUUGCUGGCCACCAGCAAGAACCCAGGAGAGAUAGUUAUGGACAGAACCUUCAACGAUAUUCUCAAAUGGAACCAUUUUCUCCUACCGCGAACAUACCUCCUGCUCCAAUGCCAAUGUCAGCCAUGCCUGGUGGAGCUGCUGUCAACCACCUUCUUCCUCUCGAGCCCCGAGAUAUCCCAUUUGAUGUUCAAGACCCACAUAACCCUAAUAUACCAAUGUCAAGCUUUGAUAAUAUCCCGACUGUUCUCAGACAUCGUGCACGCACACUGCCAAAACAGCCAGCGUAUUGGGUUCUUGAUCAGCGUGGCAAGGAAAUCGCAUCAAUUACUUGGGAGAAAGUAGGUAGCCGAGCGGAGAAGGUCGCUCAAGUUAUACGAGACAAAAGCAAUCUAUACAGAGGAGAUAGGGUUGCUCUGGUCUAUAGGGAUAGUGAGCUCAUCGAGUUCGCUGUGGCGCUAAUGGGAUGCUUUAUUGCCGGUGUUGUUGCGGUCCCCAUCAAUAACCUGGAAGACUAUGCGAGUCUAAACGUUAUCCUCACCUCGACACAAGCUCAUCUUGCUUUGACAACAGAGAAUAACCUGAAGACGUUCCAGAGAGAUAUCACUACCCAAAAACUCAACUGGCCAAGAGGCGUGGAGUGGUGGAAAACAAAUGAAUUCGGCAGUUAUCAUCCAAAGAAAAAAGAAGAUGUUCCUGCACUCGUUGUCCCGGACCUGGCCUACAUUGAGUUUUCCCGUGCUCCUACCGGUGACCUCAGAGGCGUUGUCUUGAGCCACCGGACAAUCAUGCAUCAAAUGGCCUCAUUCAGUGCAGUCAUUGCAUCUGUCCCACCUUCCCCUGACCGCCCAAAAUCUCCCGCUGAAAUCUUGAUGACCUACCUUGAUCCUAGACAGGGAAUCGGGAUGAUUCUGGGAGUACUUCUAACUGUAUACGGAGGACAUACUACCGUAUGGCUAGAAUCUCACGCUGUCGAAACUCCUGGUCUAUACGCCAGUUUGAUCACCAAAUUUAGAGCUACUCUUUUGGCCGCAGAUUAUACUGGAUUAAAACGCGCCGUGUACAACUAUCAACAGGACCCCAUGACGACGAGAAACUUCAAGAAAAACGUUGAACCGAACUUUUCCAGCUUGAAACUCUGUCUUAUAGAUGCAUUGUCGGUUGAUUGUGAGUUUCAUGAAAUCUUGGCCGAUAGAUGGCUACGCCCCUUACGAAACCCCAGAGCUCGGGAACUAGUCGCUGCUAUGCUGUGUCUACCAGAGCAUGGUGGAAUGGUGAUAUCUAUUCGGGACUGGCUUGGAGGUGAAGAGCGAAUGGGCUGCCCCCUGACGCAUGAAAUGCACCCCGUAGAGGAAGACAAGGACAGCAAGACUGAAGAAAAGGAAAAAACUGACGAACCAAAACCUACUUUUGGAAGCAGUUUGAUUGGUGGAGCUCCUACGGCUUCUCCAAAAACAGAAUCCCCAAGGAACGAGCUGAGCGAGGUAUUACUGGACAAAGAAGCAUUGAAGAACAAUGAUGUCGUGGUCCUCGCGUUGGGUGAAGAAGCCCGGAAACUCGCAGACACCACUCCAAACUCAGUAAGAGUUGGUGCUUUUGGAUACCCCCUUGCCGAUGCCACUCUUGCUAUCGUCGACCCGGAAACCGGACUUCUUUGCACACCAAAUCUUAUCGGAGAGAUCUGGGUCGAUUCACCAUCAUUAUCUGGAGGAUUCUGGGCACUACCAAAACACACUGAAACUAUUUUUCAUGCUCGUCCCUUUAGGUUCCAAGAGGGCAGUCCUACUCCAGUAAUCGUGGAACCAGAGUUCUUACGAACGGGCUUACUUGGAUGUAUUAUCGAGGGACAGGUUUUCGUUCUUGGUUUAUACGAGGAUAGAUUGCGCCAAAAGGUAGAAUGGGUGGAACAUGGAGUUGAAAACACCGAGCAUCGUUAUUACUUCGUUCAGCACUUGAUUCUCAGCAUCAUGAAAAACGUUCCCAAAAUCCACGACUGUUCUGCAUUCGACGUGUUUGUUAAUGAUGAGCAUUUACCUGUCAUCCUUUUGGAGUCAUACGCGGCCUCUACCGCGCCCAUUACUUCUGGUGGCCCCCCGCGUGUUCUUGAUACCUUACUUCUAGACUCUCUUGCUGAGAGAUGCAUUGAAGUUCUGUAUCAGGAGCAUCAUUUGAGGGUUUACUGCAUCAUGAUCACGGCGCCUAAUACCCUACCUCGAUCGACUAGAAAUGGCCGCCAGGAAAUAGGAAAUAUGUUGUGUCGUAGGGAAUUCGACAAUGGUACCCUACCCUGUGUCCACGUCAAAUUUGGUGUUGAAAGAGCAGUACUCAAUCUGCCUAUUGGUACUGAUCCGGCAGGAGGAAUCUGGUCUCCUUCAUCAUCUGCCGUUCGUCAGGAGGCACUUGCGAUGCAAGAAAAGCAAUAUUCUGGUGUUGAUAUCAGAGAUGUAAUAAUGGAUGAUCGGACAUCUACCCCCCUAAACAAUUUCGCCAGCAUUGUUGAUCUACUCCAAUGGCGAGUCAGCAGGCAAGGAGAGGAGCUUUGCUACUGCUCUAUUGAUGGUCGUGGCCGGGAAGGCAAAGCUAUAACAUGGAAGAAAUUCGAUACCAAGGUCGCGGCUGUGGCAGCAUAUCUGAAGAAUAAAGUCAAACUUCGACAAGGAGACCAUGUGAUAUUGAUGUAUACCCACUCCGAAGACUUCGUAUAUGCUGUUCAUGCCUGUCUCUGCCUUGGCCUGGUUAUAAUACCAAUGGCGCCGAUUGACCAGAACCGACUGUCUGAGGAUGCCCCAGCUUUGCUUCAUCUGAUUUCGGACUUCCACGUCAAGGUGAUACUUGUCAACAGUGACGUGAAUGACUUACUCAAACAAAAGGUCGUUGCCCAACAUAUCAAACAGUCAGCAAAUGUUCUCCGGGUCAAUGUGCCUCAGACCUAUAACACCGCAAAACCGCCCAAACAAUCUCAUGGAUGCCGGCAUCUGGGCUUCACUCUAAGUGAAGCAGUUAUAAAGUCUCACUUGCCAGCAAUGGUGUGGACGUAUUGGACACCAGAUCAAAGAAGAUUGUCAGUACAUAUUGGCCAUGACACAAUUAUGGGCAUGUGUAAAGUCCAGAAAGAGACUUGCCAAAUGUCUAGCUCCCGUCCUGUGCUUGGAAGUAUUCGAAGUACCAUGGGUCUCGGAUUCAUCCAUACGUGUCUAAUGGGAAUCUACGUCGGGGCUCCUACUUACCUUGUAUCCCCGGUUGAUUUUGCUGCCAACCCGUCAUCAUUAUUCCACACUUUGGCUAGGUAUAAGAUUAAAGAUACAUAUGCUACCGGCCAAAUGUUGGAUUAUGCUAUGAGUAGCAUGACCGCAAAGGGGUUCCAACUUCAUGAGCUAAAGAACUUGAUGGUGGCAACUGACUCAAGGCCAAAGGUGGAUAAAGUUCGACUGCAUUUUGCGGCUGUCGGUCUCGAUCGAACUGCCAUUAACACCAUUUAUUCACACGUUCUUAACCCGAUGAUAGCUUCGAGGUCCUACAUGUGUAUAGAGCCAAUUGAGCUUUGGCUUGAUACACUAUAUCUCAGACAAGGAUACAUAUACCCCGUUGAUCCUGAGACUGCAACUAAUGCCCUCCUCGUCCAAGAUUCAGGUAUGGUUCCUGUUAGCACACAGAUUGCCAUCGUGAAUCCUGAGACUUGCUGCCUAUCUCACGUUGGGGAAUAUGGAGAGAUUUGGGUUCAAUCUGAGGCGUGUGCAAAGGCCUUCUAUGGAUCUAUGCAAGAGUUUGAUCUAGAGCGGUUCCGAGGACGUAUUGUUGAUGGCGACCCAGAUGCCGUCUAUGUCCGUACAGGCGAUCUAGGCUUCUUGCAUACUGUGACAAGGCCGAUUGGGCCUGGUGGACAGCCUGUUGAGAUGCAAGUUCUAUUCGUCCUUGGUGGUAUAGGAGAAACAUUCGAAAUCAACGGCCUUAACCAUUUCCCCGUCGAUAUCGAGGUUACUAUCGAAAAUUGCCAUAGAAAUAUCGUCAAGGGCGGGAGUGCUGUCUUCCAAGCAGGCGGUUUGACGGUCGCCUUGGUAGAAGUUAACCGCAAGGCCUACUUGGCCUCUAUGGUGCCUGUUAUUGUGAACAGUGUACUGAAUGAGCACCAAGUAGUUACGGACAUUGUGGCGUUUGUCCCUCGUGGACAUUUCCCUCGAUCUCGCUUGGGCGAAAAACAACGUGGAAAAAUCCUUGCUACUUGGGUUACGCAGAAACUAAGAACAAUCGCUCAAUUCAACAUCCGCGAUGGUGGCAGCCACGAGAUGAAGGGCGGCGAAGGGCCAGAACGACGCCAAUCUUCUAAAGCUGGCAGUAUCAUGGAUUCCAGCAUCCUUCAGCCACAAACCCAUUCUCCAUAUCCCGAACCAGAAGACUAUGGUCAGAUGCAACAGCCACCCGUUACUGGGCCUGCCGAGCAUGCUGAACAGUACCCCCUUCUUUCUGAAGGUAUUGUGGAUUAUAUUGAUCCAUCUCUUAUAGGCACAGACAAUGCUGAGCACUAUCAGGAUCCCAGCACGGUGAAUCAUGAUGUGUCACAUCACCAACCUCUUCACGCCGAGGAGCAAACGCUUCCCACCGGAGAAGGUGUAGAAAGGGAGUUUUCACCUGCGGGUAAUCCGGAUGCUCAACGAGUCCAAAGCCCUGAAAGCUAUGCUGGUAAUGGUAGUGGUGGCAGCAUAAACAGAACGGCUUCUCCAGCCGUUGCCCCUAUUGCCGGUGAGGUUCCUCGCCACAACAGCACUUCCCCUCCUCGAAGCGGCCUGCGCGUUCAUAAUGGAGACGAACCUAUUUCCCGACCGCAUUCAACAGCACCAGACUUUGGGAUUUUCGAAAAGACACAAUUACUACCUCCGGCGAAGAGAAAAGAAGUUCCCACUACGUACACCCUACCGGUGAGAAAUAGCAGUAUUCAAAAAGAUAAUUUCCAUGGCCCUAAUCCCGCUAUUGUCGGCCAUGAAAAUGGAGGCACUCAUAACAAUACGCAAUAUGAUGACGAAGCUUAUGAUAUCAUCGAUAAUUGGACGGAGGAUACAGGUGCUUCUCACCCUCAGCACCAGUAA